GUCGCUUUUGAAGUUGAGAUUGAAAUCAAGAUCAAAAUCAAAGAAGAAGAAGAAGAAUGUUUCUGGUGGAUUGGUUCUACGGCGUGCUGGCAUCCCUAGGACUGUGGCAGAAGGAAGCUAAGAUCUUGUUCUUGGGCCUCGAUAACGCCGGAAAGACCACCUUGCUUCACAUGCUCAAAGAUGAGAGACUAGUUCAGCACCAACCGACUCAGUACCCGACCUCCGAGGAGUUGAGCAUAGGCAAGAUUAAGUUCAAGGCUUUCGAUUUGGGUGGGCAUCAGAUCGCUCGCAGAGUCUGGAAGGACUACUACGCCAAGGUAGAUGCUGUUGUCUACCUGGUUGAUGCUUUCGACAAGGAGAGAUUUGCAGAGUCGAAGAAGGAGCUCGACGCUCUUCUGUCUGAUGAGUCACUGGCCACUGUCCCGUUUCUUAUCUUGGGGAACAAGAUUGACUUGCCCUAUGCUGCUUCGGAGGAUGAGCUGCGUUAUCAUAUGGGCCUGACCAACUUCACAACUGGAAAGGGGAAGGUCAAUCUGGCAGAUUCCAAUGUCCGCCCGCUGGAGGUGUUUAUGUGCAGCAUUGUCCGCAAGAUGGGCUAUGGCGAGGGGUUCAAGUGGGUUUCUCAAUACAUCAAGUAGGCAAGUGAAUGGGGUAAAGCAGCUGGAUGGGGGCGAUUGAGAUGGUAGUUUUCCUACCAACAAGAUGCACUCUUCCGUAAUUCAAUGUUUUUCUAUUUUCUAUGCAUAAGCUCAUGUAAAGUGGAUAGGUUACCUUAUUGGGCUUUAUGCUCUUCAAAUUUAGGUUGCUUUUUCCUUUUCUUUUCUUUUGGCUUCAGGUUGCACAAGUUGCACUAGUAAAAGUAGUAACUAGUGAGAAGUUAGUUUUCUUAUGUAAUUUGCAGUACUAGAUUGUAUACUCUGCCUCAUUUUCCUAUGCAGCGAUAUGUAUAUUGCAUUCCUUGA